CCCCCCUGGAUGAUGGAGAUUAAGAAAUGAUCAAAUUAUGUACCUACAUUGAAGUCAAUCAAACCAUUAUAUGUGGAACCUUGUAACCUCAGACUGGCAUUGUAGUUAAAGGGGUCAUCUUUAGAUUUUAGACCUUAAGCCAGAGUCAUGGGCAAGCUAGAGCAUCCAUCUGUGAAAUCUGCUGAAUUUAAACUGGUUAAGAAUUCUGGCAAGGUUACCAGUAGUAGAGAAUGCUGCCCAGUGAGUUUAUUUCAAGACCGGGUACGAGUCGUAGAGACAGAUGAUGGCCAUGUGAGCUUUCAUGUUAGGGACAUUAUGAGCAUCUCUAUGGAAGGAACCAUGUCUCCAAUUCUUGCUGGGAAUAUAAUGAAUGACUCCAUUCCAAAGGAUGAGGCAGAGCAUCUUUUGCAGGAUCUUAUCAACGACAUGAAUGACCAAAAUUUUGACACCAUCCGAUUUGCAUCAUACCGAACAGCAGCUAAAUUACAAUUCAUUCAGAAAAAAACUAACUUACAUCUUGUUGAUGUCUACAAUAUGAUUGAAGCAUUUCGUGAAAAUGGUCUCAACACUCUAGACCACAACACAGAGCUACAUGAACUACGACUGGAGGCAAUUGUCUCUAGUAUAUUUUACGCCCUUAAUAAGAGACUUCCGACUACUCAUAAUGUUGAUGUUGAAAGAUCUAUAAGUUUGGUUACAAACUGGCUUCUGUACGCUUAUGACAGUGAUGCAAUUGGAAGGAUCAGAGUACUUUCUGUGAAAACAGCUUUAUCAUCAAUGUGUUAUGGAAGAUUGGUAGACAAACUUAGAUACCACUUUUCACAGAUAGAAGACAACAAUGGCAUGCUUAAUUUCCCCAAGUUUGAAGCUUAUUUAAGGGAGCUAUUACAGCUCCCAGCCAGUGUUGGUGAGGCACCAACGUUUGGGUUUACAGAAGAUGUUGCUAGCAUAUUCUUCAAACCUCAAGGGCCAUUGGAUCGACAACGAACCCAGCUGGUCCACUUCUUGGAGUGUGUCAUGAACAAGGAGCCCCCUCCACCUUAUGCCUGGCUAUCCACGUUACAGAAAAUGAACAAUGCUGCAAAAACUGAACAUCAGGUCGCAUGUCAAGUUUGUAAAAAUAAACCAGUGGUAGGAUUUAGAUACAAAUGUCUGCACUGCUACAAUUACGUGUUAUGCCAGGACUGCUUCUGGAGAGGGAAGGUAUCUCAGCACCACAAGACAGACCACGAUAUGCGCGAGUACAGCACGUGGAAUGCUGGCGAGAAAGGUAGCUCUCUGAGAAGCAAGUUUCUCUGUGGGAGUGGAAAGAAGAAGCGACCAUCGUUACCAGACUUCCCGCGCGAGCCUGAGCCGAGCAGGACGCUGGACAUGACUAAUAUUGUUCCGCCAUUACCGUCCGACCUGUCCGGUCCGAAUAAUGCCACGUCUGAUUACGUCACGUCGCCUUCUCCCGAGUCUGUUGUUUCCAAUGUGUCGUCCAACCCAACAAAGCUCUCGGAUGAGUUCGAUCCCAGGAUGGAUGACGAGCACAAGCUGAUCUCGCGUUAUGCUGCUAGGCUUGCUGCUAAUUCGCGUCAGAAGCCGCCAUCGAAGUCCUCAAGUGAGCUAAGCAUCGAUGCUAACAAAGAACAAAGGGAGCUCAUCCAGACCUUGGAGAAUAAGAACAGGCUUCUUCUAAAGGAAAUUCGACGUCUCCGGGACGAGCAUGACGAAGCAUCAAAGUCUGCUGCCCAGUUGGCUCAGAAUCCGGAACUAUUGGCUGAACUGAAGUUGCUACGGCAACGGAAGGACGAGCUUGAACUGCGCAUGUCCGCGUUGCAGGAAAGUCGUCGGGAGCUGAUGGUUCAGCUCGAAGGCUUGAUGAACCUACUCAAGGCGGGUUCACCUCGAGUCGCGCGCAGCCCAAAGGCCCAACACAUUGCUGCCUCACCCGCCCCAGGCCUCUUCUCCAAAGCCUCUACUCCUCAAACACCAGGAACCCCAAUGUCGCCUGAUUCUAGCAAGCUCAGUGGCGUGGACGGUGAUAUUAAGCAGGCGUUCGGUGACCAGGCUGGGUCGCCAUCAUUGACGCGAAACUUGAGACAAGAUCUUUUACUAGCGGCGGAUUCUGUGACAAAUGCGAUGUCAUCGCUUGUGAAGGAGCUUAACUCGGAAGAUGAAGAUUCAGUGACCAUUGUUCUACCGAAACCAAACGACCCAAGCGGUCUGGACCUAGACGCUCUAGAACAACAGGUGACGCAGAUGAGGCACUCCUUACGCGGAGGUGAGCCGAGCAGCGCGGCAAACCUGACUAAUGGCACCACAAACGGCGUCAAUAAAAACAGCGGCAAACGAGCACUUCGACGCGGAGACAGCGAUCGCACAGACACAGAUACAGAUGAUGACGAGGCGCACCUGCGGGCAAAUGAACCCAAGUACUCUUCCAGGACACAGAUGACUGACGAUGAGAGCUACAUUCAGACGGAUGACGACGAAGGCACGCUACGAACGGACGACGAGGACAUGGAGUGGCAAGAAGCUAUGAAGCGAUGGGCACAUCGAUAAACAGUCGCCAUCAGGGAUAUCCUGACUCUUAAUAUCUGGAUAAUAUUAUCGUAUAUAUGUUGGCAAGUUAUUAUUUUUUGUAAUAAAAGUAGCAAAUAAUAUCUUUUCUUACACUAUUAGCUGUGGGAAAUUAAAAAAUACAUAUAUAGGAUUAUUAUUAAGCAAGGGCCCUUAAUAAUCUAGUAAGUUUCCUGAACGCUCACAUUUCGUUAAAUAGCAAAGCCCUGUGUAACUAGUAUUUUUAAUGAAAUAUAUUUUAUCACUGAUUUCUAGAUUUCUAGAAAAUGGAACCUUAUCAAACCCCGUACAUACUUAGCGUCUGUUUAACGAUGUAUCGUUAGGACAAGCGGGGGUCCAUCAUUUGUUUUAGUUGUCGAGGUAAGGGGGAGCUACUGUACCACCUACCAAUAAGUUCAACAAAUGAUUUUUAAAGGCUUACACCCAGACAAAAUAAGUAUUCUAAGGCCUAGGGCAAACGCCGUUCUUUUCAUGUGCCAUUCAAUAUGUAAAUAAACAUAUAGAACAAUUUGCACGCAUUUGCAUUUGUAAAACGGAACCUGAAAAUAACGGCGUCUAAACUAGGUCUAAAUGUGUGCCUACUUUUAUCCUAGGCUUAAAACAUGGCUCCUAAUACCUUAUCGGCAGUUGUCAAUGUUUGAAAUCUUCUAAUGCUAAUAUAUAUAUAACUAGAUAGGAUAUGGGAAAUGAAUCAAAUAAGCAUUGUGUGCAGUGAUCUGCAAAGAAUAAAUGUGCCAGAUUGA